CAAUUUUUGCUUGCUUGUCAACGGUUGCACCCCGAUGCAGCUAUCUCCUGUUAUAAUUGGACUCUAAAUAUUAUAAACUAGUUGCAUUCGUUUAAUGAUGUGGAAAACUAGCAUGAAAACAGUCCGGCGCCAAAGUUUAGCCCAUCAGCUGUUUAAGGCCAGGAACCUGUCACUGGGUGGGACACUUGGUCAGCAGACCCACUUGGAACUGCUAGAUACGUCGCCGCCACGCACCGAUGAGAGAUGGCAGCAGGCGAGGGCCUAUGGGGAAUUACCUGGACCCAAUGGCUGGCGCAUGCUAUCCUACUUUUUGCCAGGAGGCAAACUGCACAACACAAACCUCAUUCAGAUGAACCGUCGCCUGAGAGAGAUGUACGGGGAUAUCUAUCGCCUGCCAGGCCUGAUGGGCAAAGCAGAUGUUGUCUUCACGUAUAAUCCAGAGGACUUUGAGUUGACAUACCGCAACGAGGGCGUUUGGCCCAUACGCAUCGGCCUGGAGAGCUUCAGCUACUACCGCAAAGUGAAGCGACCGGAUGUCUUUGGUGGCAUUGGUGGCCUUGUGUCUGAACAGGGCAAGGCCUGGGCAGACAUCCGUAACAAGGUGAACCCUGUGCUCAUGAAGGUGCAGAACGUCCGACAGAAUCUGCCGCAGCUGGAUCAGAUAGCGCGGGAGUUCAUCGAAAAACUGGAAAGCCAGAGAGAUCCGGAAACCCACUUGCUCCAGACUGACUUUCAUGAUCAGCUAAAGAACUGGGCCUUUGAGUCCAUCAGUUUUGUGGCCUUAAACACGCGCAUGGGACUGCUCAGCGAUCAUCCAGAUCCGAAUGCCGCUCGCCUGGCCGAGCAUAUGAGCGACUUCUUCAACUACAGCUUCCAGUACGAUGUGCAACCCUCGAUCUGGCCCUACUACAAGACGCGGGGCUUCAGGCGGUUCCUCAAGACUUACGACGACAUCACAGAGAUCACCACCAACUACAUCGAAGAGGCCAUUCAACGCUUUGAGAUCGACGACGGCCGCAAGACCAAAUGCGUCUUGGAGCAGUUGUUGUUACUCAACAAGCAGGUGGCCGUAGUGAUGGUCAUGGACAUGCUGAUGGCCGGUAUCGAUACGACCUCCUCCGCCUUUGUCACGAUUCUCUAUCACUUGGCGUGCAAUCCGUCAAAACAAGCGCAGCUGCGCCGAGAACUGCUCCGCAUCCUGCCCGAUUCCAAGGACUCGCUGACCGACGAGAGCACCAAGAACAUGCCUUAUCUGCGGGCCUGCAUCAAGGAGGGGCUACGCAUCACGUCAAUAACGCCUGGCAACUUUCGCAUCACAACCAAAGAUUUGGUGCUCUCUGGCUACCAGGUGCCCCGGGGCACGGGCGUUCUAAUGGGCGUCCUGGAGCUAUCCAACAGCGAUGAGUAUUUUGCCCAGAGUGCCGAAUUCAUGCCCGAGCGUUGGCUCAAAUCAGACAUGGCUGGCGAUGUCCUGGCCUGUCCAGAGGCUCGAACCCGCAAUCCGUUUGUGUACCUGCCCUUCGGUUUUGGACCGCGCACCUGCAUCGGCAAGCGCAUCGCCGAGCUGGAGAUAGAGACUCUUCUGGUGCGUCUGCUGCGUCGCUACCAAGUCAGCUGGCUGCCCGACACUCCCCUUCAGUACGAGAGCACCAUCAUCCUGUCGCCCUGCGGCGACAUCCGCUUCAAGCUCGAGCCGGUCGAAGGUGUUUGCUAAUCCUUGUGAUAUUUUGCCUAUGCUCAAGUACAGACUGAGUCGAUUGAGUUCAUAGAUUUACUCGCAGUAUUCACUAACAAUAUGGGAAUAUAAAAAAGUAAGGAAAAGUAUAUAGGUAGCUAGAAUGCAUCAUCGCCUAGCGUCGGUUACGUCCGCGAUAGCGUUGGUGGGUAAAGUUGUUCUGUCGCUGCUGCUGCUGCUGUUGCUGCUGCUGUUGAUGUUCUUGCUGAUGUGGCAGCUUCUGCUGCGAUGCGGCUAUCUCGGAUUCUGGCUGAUGGGAGGAUGGCUCAGAGGGUGCAUCUUCCAGUUGAAAGGUGGGAGUGGAGUGUUCUGAUCAGAGCAACAGAUUAGUCAGGGGAUAGGCAAAAGAUACGCCUACGCCUUACCCAAGACAGAUUGAAUGCUGGCACUCUUCAGCAGAGCCUGAGUUCCUAGGCUAGUAUUAAAUAAGGUGGGUGAUCCUGAAACGGCAACAAUAUUUACAGUCAAUAUGAUUAUAUACAUACAUAGACAUAUACAUAUAUAAAGGACAAAAUU